CAAAGUUUGACCCAUCAAGCGCAGAGAAAUGGGUUCAGUUUGAUGAGAAAUCGAGAAAAUUAGUUGGAAACCCCACCGAAGACGCGAAUAAGAACACCACGGUUCUCUUGCACAUAUCUGAUCCGGCAGGUGGUAGCACGGAUACUACCAUGAACAUCCUAGUUUCAAAUUGUGUUGGUGAGAGGUGUAUUAAACACGUUCCACGAGAGAUUUUGGCCGUAGCCAUUACGUUAUCAGCUGCUUUUGGAGUAUGUUUGUUGAUAACAUUUGGAUUUAUCUUGUUCAGGAAAUAUAAGAGGAUUAACGAAAAGAAAUCUAUAAAUAAACAAACAAAUGAAGUUUUUUCAGUCGAAUCGGACAAUGAAGGGGGAUAUAACGAUCAGGCGUCUCGCGAAAAUAUACGAAUCUACGAAGAGAAAGAAAUCAGAAGUCAAGUUGCUAUGUAUAAUUUCCAAAAUGUCGCAAUCACGGAUGCCACGAGAUUGGAAACAUCAUAUAAUUCGGAAAUUUCGAACGUUGGAGCUCGAAUGCCUUGGAAAAUUGAAAGAGAAGCUUCCUCAACCGACGUUUCUUUGACCAAGAAUAGAAAAAUCAUUCACAAAGAAAGCUCCGGCUCUUCCUUGUAUUCUUACUCGUCCGCUGCGGCUUCGUGCGACAAUAUUUCACAAUCCAUGACAUUGUCAGGCAUAAAGAGAAUGGAAGUUCCUGAAAAUUGCGUGUCGAAUAUCCCCGUGAUUUAUGCAACGCCUGGAUCUUCUUUCAUAUAUCAAGUUGAAUAUCCUCUCCCUUCGCUUACUCAUUACGGACUUCAAGAAUUCAUGGCCGUCACCGAUCCAGAUGGUGGUCCAAUUCCCAAGUGGUUAAAUUUUAAUAAGAUGCAUGUAACUUUUUCGGGAGUACCUUCCAAGGUUGACGUUGGUCAGACAAGCAUCAAGGUGUUAAAAGUUGUCGGUGGUGUAAAUUCGCAUGAUGUUUUAGGUUCACACGUAGGCACCGGAUGUUUGAAUAAUUUUAAGGUGGUAGAAAACUUUUUGUUAAUUGUUGAAGAUGACAACCAGAAAUAUUGA